AUGGCUCCGCAAAUGUUUCCAUUUAAUCAUUUUUCUUCUCAACCAAUGGGAUUUUACCACAACCAAUCUCAACUAACACCUCGUCCGGAUAUGGAUCUUGAUCCGUUUGAAUUGGUUAAAGAAACUCAAUUCUUUUCUCAACCCCAACAGCAAACUGACUUUCAAACUCAACCACGCCACCUACUCGACGAGUCAUCCGAUUCUUCUGAUGAAGCCCCCGUUGCAUAUCUAGUUCAAGCAUUUUUUCAAGAGCCCGAAGUGGAACAACACGCACAAAAAAGGAAAAAUGGAGGGCUAAAAGUAGAGGGUGGAUGGAUGAUGAAGAAAGGGCACUAG